AUGGCCAACCACCAGACUCCGUCCUUCCGCUGCGACUCGCCGCCUCCCGAUGCGCUGCCAACGCCUGCCAUCGGCGCGUGUCCGGAGCUUUCUCGCUGCUUGUCCACCACUUCGUCAUGGUCUCACGGCUCCAGCACCGAUGCUGCCUCCCGUGACUCCCUCGGGAGCGAGCCGUACAACCGCCAUUCCACCGGCAGUCUCCUCAAGCACCGACGCUCCGACAUCUCAACCUCUCGACACUCGAGUUACAGCUUCGAUGGCCGGAGUCGUCGCCGCGGAUACAUGCGGCCCCAGGGCACCGACUUUGCCGCCAGCGCCCGUUCCCGUGAGAGUGUCAUGAGUCUGGGCAGCAUCGCGCAUCUCCAGUACUACUUUGCCCGGACAGGCCUGCUCGACGGCAAGGGUGGCCAGCUGGCUAGGAAGAAGCAGCCGCACCGAGCAACCCUCGACCUCUCAGCUCUGGAUACCAGCGGUACCCUUCCCAAGAUUGUGGGCUCCGAUGUCGACUCCUCCUAUGCUUCUACUGGCAGCAGCCCCGACUUUAGUGCCCAGGGCUUCGGCACAGAUCUUGUCGAGUCUCCCAUCGAGGAGAUAGACGACUACUACGAUGAUACCUUCAGCGAGCCUGGGGACAUGCUCCCUCCAACCGUGAGCACCUAUCACCACCGCGAAAAGGUGGUUCCCAAGCCGCCCACCAUUAUGGAACUCAAGUCCGAACUCGAGCAGACACUACGCGACGCGAGAGAGGCAUUGAAGGAGGCACAGGAUCGGAAGGCUGGCACUUAUCAGGCGCCACCCAACGCGCCCAACUACCCCAACAUGCCUUCAGAGAAUAGCCAGGGAUGGUUUGAACUUCAGGGCAUGCACAUGCUCGACGUUGUGACUCUGGCUAUCCGCGCCGCCAAGAUGUACUACACGGCCCACGAGCUGCCCGACCGCCUCGACUCUAUAAAGCCUGAGAAGCAGGUCAGGGCUGAUCUAUUGGCCGUCAUGGAGGUGCUGAAGCAAAUGGCCACCCGGAAUUUCAAGGAUGGCAUGAGAGAAGAGGAGAUCAAGACCAUGGAUACCUGGGUCGACAGCGUGUUUGGUAUCCUCAAGCAGGAGCAGGAGAUCGAGGACGCAGAGAGGGCCGAGCGGGAUGGCUGGACAUGGCUCAAAGGCGACUGGACCGGCCGCGAGUAUGAGCGGGAACGAGCAUUCCUCUUGUCCAUGGACACGACGGCAGAUCCUCUACCCGAAUGGAAGCCCAUGUCACCCACAGCCGAGAAGCCGACGCCUUUCCUCGAGAGCAUGCAGAACGGCCUGCGACUGGUCAAGCUGCACAAUGCCGCGGUGCACAAGUCCCGGCGGCGCUGGGGCGCUAUCCCGACCUUCCACACCGACACUCAGAAACCCUACCGCAGCGCCGAUAACCUGCGCUACUGGGUCAAGGCCGCCGAGCUACGCUUCGAGGUCAUGCUGACCGUCGACGCCCUCGGGGUCGUCUACAACACUUCACCCAAGGUCUGGCUAGACUUUGAGGCGGCCCUCCUCAAGUGGUGCCGCCACGUACGCGAAGAGAUCGCCAAGGGGCUAGAAUCAUGA